CCGCCCUCCCUGGCGGCUGCUACCUUGCAGUUUAUGACAUAGAGAGAGGGAGGUCUGGUGAAGUGAGCAAGGCAGCCCGAGAGCUAGUCCGUUCCGUGGAAGCCAUGAGCCCCUUGGUACGGGCAGCUGUUCUUACUUUCCUGAGCGAUUUCUUUUGUGUGACUUUGCAAGAGGCUCAUGAAUGAUUCCUAAUUGUGCUCCUUGCUGAGGCGAGCUGCACAGGGAGGGAGUGACCAGCUGACUGGAGGCAGAGCAAGCAAACCAGGACCACACAGUGCUGGAACUGGCUCAACCCUCGCAUGCAGUUUUUGAAGUCAGCAAAACAGAAAUCAAAUUACUAUCAUAUUAUGCUGGUGGAAGCUCAAGGAGAAGGGACUCAACACGGACUUAAUUACUAUGGGCGAUGCAGCGAGUCACAAAACAGCAGAGUACGUCUAACGCAUGAACCCUGAGGACAAAAGUAAGUUCUCAUGCUGCUGUAUUUUAGUGCUAUGUAAUUUUCUUUCUGGCUUGAAAUCAUGCUUGGCCAAAAUGUAAUCAUCUUAAUGAGAAUUUCUAGUGUGGAAAGUUGUCUGCUAAUCUUUGCUUAAGAAUUUUUCUCUUUUUUUUAACUAAGCAACAUAAUACAAGCUGAAACUGCCAUCAGCAGCUGUGGCGAUUCAGCCCAAGUCUGACUGAGAACACUAACCCGAAAUACAUCCAAUCACCAUGGGAUUAACUGGAUGCAUUUUUAAUUGACUUUCUGAAUGUAGCAUGUAUACAGCCCCACUGUUUUGGACUGCAUGCCAUUUUAAUACUGCUGUGGCUAAACUAGUGUGAUCAGCAUAACCAAAAGACUGAGACAGAGCUAAACGAGACUCCUGGUAGUUACGAAACUUUUUUUUUUUUUUUUGACCAGGAUCACAUUUUUCUCCCUGAACACUCAAAACUCUGCAACCUCUAUGUUAAAAGUUCACUCUGCUUUUUUGACCUUGCUUUGGAGAAAAAAAAAUGAGACCAAACAGAGGACUCUACUAAAAUUGUGAAUGAAGGAGACAUAAAGAGCCAUUGCAGUUCCUUACCUACUAUUGUAAUAAUGGGAGACAAAGAGCCACCCAAAGAAGGCCAGCAGAUCCAGCAGCUUCCAGGUGACAGGGUGUGGGGAUACAAAGACAGGCACUGAGCAGAGCCUAUGACUUGUUAGUUUUUCUAUACUUCAUCUGCUACAAGUUUUGGCUUAGAAAUGGAUAUUCUUUGUGAAGAAAACACUUCUUUGAGCUCAAUGGCAAACUCCUUAAUACAGUUAAAUGAUGGCACAAGGCUCUACAAUAACCGCUUUAACUCGGGAGAAGCUAACACUUCAGAUGCAUUUAACUGGACAGUGGACUCAGAAAAUCGAACCAACCUUUCCUGUGAGGGCUGCCUCUCACCACCGUGCUUCUCUUUACUUCAUCUCCAGGAAAAAAACUGGUCUGCUCUGUUGACCACUGUAGUAAUUAUUCUAACCAUUGCUGGAAACAUACUCGUCAUCAUGGCAGUGUCCCUAGAGAAAAAGCUGCAGAACGCCACCAACUAUUUCCUGAUGUCACUUGCCAUAGCUGAUAUGCUGCUGGGUUUCCUUGUCAUGCCUGUGUCCAUGUUAACCAUCCUGUAUGGUUACCGGUGGCCUCUGCCCAGCAAGCUCUGCGCUGUCUGGAUUUACCUGGACGUUCUCUUCUCCACGGCCUCCAUCAUGCACCUCUGUGCCAUCUCACUGGACCGCUAUGUCGCCAUCCAGAACCCCAUCCAUCACAGCCGAUUCAACUCCAGAACGAAGGCAUUUCUGAAAAUAAUUGCCGUUUGGACCAUAUCAGUAGGUAUAUCCAUGCCGAUACCAGUCUUUGGGCUACAGGAUGACUCCAAGGUCUUUAAGGAAGGAAGUUGCUUACUCGCAGAUGAUAACUUUGUCUUAAUAGGCUCUUUUGUGUCAUUUUUCAUUCCCUUAACCAUCAUGGUGAUCACCUAUUUUCUAACUAUCAAGUCACUUCAGAAAGAAGCUACUUUGUGUGUGAGUGAUCUUGGCACACGGGCCAAGUUAGCUUCUUUCAGCUUCCUCCCUCAGAGUUCCCUGUCUUCAGAAAAGCUCUUCCAGCGGUCAGUUCACAGGGAGCCAGCGUCCCACGGCAGGAGGACUAUGCAGUCCAUCAGCAAUGAGCAGAAGGCGUGCAAGGUGCUGGGUAUUGUCUUCUUUCUGUUUGUGGUCAUGUGGUGCCCCUUCUUCAUCACGAACAUAAUGGCCGUCAUCUGCAAGGAGUCCUGCAAUGAGCAUGUCAUCGGAGCUCUGCUCAACGUGUUCGUGUGGAUUGGUUACCUCUCCUCAGCAGUCAACCCACUGGUGUACACACUCUUCAAUAAGACCUACAGGUCAGCCUUUUCGCGGUAUAUUCAGUGUCAGUACAAGGAAAAUAAAAAACCACUGCAGUUGAUUUUAGUGAACACUAUACCGGCCUUAGCCUACAAGUCUAGCGAGCUCCAAAUGGGACAGAAAAAGAGCUCAAAAAGAGAAGCUCAGAUGACAGAUAGCGACUGCACCGUGGCUGCUCUAGGAAAACGGCAUUCAGGAGACGUGCCUACAGACAGCAUCAGCACAGCGAAUGAAAAGGUUAGCUGUGUGUGAUGGACUGGCUGCCACGGCCAACCCUGGGGGGCACGCUGGGCGAGUUUUCACCUCUCUGGACCAAAAGAGAGAGAAGAAAAGAUAUAAGGAGGCUAAAAUAUUAGGCCAGUCUAACGGAACCAAUAAUAUGUAUAUGCCUCAUUUUAUUCUGUUAGUGAAAAGCAGGGUUAAGUGCCACAAAACGUGCACUUCAAAAAUGUUCUGACAGCAUUUCAGCUGUGAGCUUUAUGAUACUUAUUUUUAAUACUGUAAAUGAUAUGUCUUUAAAAUUAUUCUCUUUUAUUAUAUAAUUACGAUUCCAUAAAUAAAUCUAAAUUAACUUCUAUUUUCAAGGGGAAACCUUGCUAAGUUGUUAAUUGAUGGCAUGAAUUGGUUACCUAUUGCUGUAAAUAAAAAUAGCUAUAAAUAGUGAAAAAUUGGUUGACUAUAAAGGCUUCUUGAAGAAAAAUUCUCUUUAAAACUUUCCAUGACACAUAUUCUGAAUAACAACAGCAAAAGACACUAAGAACAGUGUUAUGAAAUCUGUGUUGCUACGAUAAUUAAAUGAAAUAUACUUGACAACUUUUUCAUUCCUGCUUUUUCAUAGAUGCCAUUUUUAAAUAUUCAAAGUUGCUGGCAUUUGCUGCAUUUCAAGCUCAUUCUCAGAAACGAAAAAGAUUUUAAGUGUUAUUUAAUAAUUAUUGCUGCUUUUUCUUCUACUACAUGUGCUUUAUUCUGACUUUCCAAUGUGGUCAUGUUUAGUGUUUGUUCUACUAGGUAAACUAACAAAAAGAUAAUUUAAUAUUACCAAGUGCAUUUCUAGGAAUUUCUUCUCCUAAACAGCACCAUAGUGGUGUUUGGUAACUUGCUCUUUAACAACCACAUCACGCAUGUGCUCCUUUGAGCAGUAAGCAGUAUUGAUGUCACUGUAUCAGGGCUGAGAAAUAACUCAGGUUUUUGGCUACUGACAGCCACAGAGUGUUCGGGUAUGUCAGCAAAAUGCAAAUGACUUUCCUACUGGCACCCAUCAGUAAAUGGAUGCUGUCAGGUCAGCCUAUAUGAUUUAUUAAAACUGCUCCGCUUUGGUCUUACAAUCAUCUAUUGAGUGUACACUACCUAUGAAGAAAUUUCCUACUUACUAAGGCACAAAAAUAAUUAAAACAAGAUCUUUGUCUUUAAAGAAAAUGACCUAAUUGUUAUGGUCCUUGUCAAAAAUAUUAACAGACUAGAGAAUCACUUCAAUUUGUUUUCUUCUUAUCUAGUUCAGAAAUAGGUUUGUUUGAGCUCUGAAUAGUUUUCUCAAUAAAUUUCCUGUUUGGUUGAAUACAAGCCAAAUAAGGGAGGGUAAAAUAUUGCUUGAGGUUAAAAUUGGCUAUUAGUUUAGAAAUAUGCGCUUCAACCUGGAUCCAACCUAUGACUACCAAAAUUUUGAGCAAAAUUUUUGUUUCACUUCCCUAGAAACUACUCAUUAAUUAGUCACUGACCCUGGACUCCCCAAGAAAAAGAAAAGCAGUAAUAUAAUAUUUUGUAGAAAAGUCUCCUAAAGAAAGAAAAAGAUUUAAGAGCAGUUAAUUCACCUUGAUAUUCUAUGACUCAAGGAAUAUAAUAUGACAUUCUUAUUGGAAUAGAUAUUAGAAAUGUGAUUCCAGUACUGAAGACUUUCUACUGAAUGUGAAAUCGUUUUUUGCUCUAAGCCAUUGAAAAAAUUAUAAAUUUGAAAACUAAAGAGUGUGAGAGGUGCCAUCCUGUAAUGUGGAAAAGUAUUAGGGCUAUCCUAAUUAUGUUCUUAUAGAUACAUUGAAAACCGUUUAUGUCAAAGCUAGAAUUUUUAGUAAGCCACUACUAUCAAGACUGUGUUUGAGCUGAACUACUUUACACGAUUACACCCUCCUAACUGAUAAAAGUUCAGUGUUUAAAAGUCUCUGCUCUAAUGUACUUUGUCUCAGUGUGUAACUGCACAUCUCAUUAUAUAUUAAAGAUUACAUAUUUUAUCCCCAUAUACUCAAUCCUGACCAGAGUGAACAUAAAUGCUGCCUGACAGAUGUCUUUUGACUAUGACUACACAUAUAUUACAGAUGUGUAUGAUUUUUCUCUCCAUAAGUAUCUAUUCAAGUGUGUAUAGACAAACAUAUAUCUGUAUACAUGUACAGACAUGUUCCAAUGCACUUUAUUUGAUAUUUAUAUAUUUAUAUGAAGAAAAAGCAAGUCAUUAAUGAAAACGCUCAGUAUACACACGUGUGCAUGUUUGUAUCAUGUUGAUUUAAAUGUGAAUUCAUGUUCUAAUGUUUCUAUGACCUUCUAUUGCUGUUAAAGCAGAUUAAAUGUAACAGAAGUUCAGCUCUUUAAAUAAACUGGAAGUUGACAUAAUUUUGUGGGAAGACCAACACGAUUUAAAAGGAUGGUGAAAAAAAUGGUCUUUAUAUGUAAUUGAAUGAUCUUAAAUAAAAUGGUUAACUUUGGGCCCUUUGUUUAGUCUAGAGACUUUAUGAUUACUAAUGCUUUUUAAAUAUACCCUUCACCCCAGGGAAACACAAUCUUUGAAUGAUUUAUGGAUCUGUGAUUAAAGGACUAACAUCUAGUCAAUACUACUAAAAUAGAGUGACUGAUGUUGCUCUACUGUAAGUUGAAUGGUAAAUUAUUCUAUAUUUAAAGAAAAAGGAAUUAAAUGCCAUAAUUAGGGAAAACUGAACAUACUUAAUCUACUUGGCCACAGCGCCAUCUCAUGGUCACUUUUUAAAGUGCUACUGUAGCCAAAUUGAACUAAGUUACUGUACAGCUUUUGGGCAAAGGGUGCUUCUCCCAUUUGUGCAUCAAUGAAACAUAUUUAUAAAGUGCUAAACUAUUAUGUGCCACAUGUAACAAAUAUAGUGAAGAUUAUUUUAUGUAAUGAUUUUAAUCAAAGCUGUUCUAAAAGAUUUUA